AUGCGGUCCCACGCCACCGAUGCCUCCGUCUCGCCCGCGGCGUCCAUGUUCCAGCCCAUGCAGGCCGUCGACGAGAUCUUCGACUAUGCCAGCUUCAUGUGGGACACUGGCGAUGUCUGGCAGCAGGCUCCCGAGCCGGGGCAGCAGAUGAGCCUUGAUGGGCAGGUUCUUCGACCCCAAUAUGCUGCCCAGCCAGUCAUCGGCAGACCAACGGCGCUCAUGAGCAGCCCUCCCGAUCUCACCUUCCCGGACCGGACAACCAUGGACGACCUCCCAGACCCGUCGCCCAUCCCCGACGCCAGCAGCCAGUCGGAGCAGCAGGCCAUGGCCCUGCAGGUCCCGACUGAGGAUGAUAGGCUCAUGGACUACUUCAGCCGUGUCGUGGUCCCGCCCAUCCUCGCCGAGGUCGAGACCCAGAAGAAGUGGCUCGCCAUCCGCCAGGUCGUCGUCGACAUGGCCGGCGCCUCGCAGAUGGUCAAGUGGGCCGUCCUCGCCUUCUCCAACCUCAUGCUCUCGCGCCGCGAGGGCGCCUGGCUCGCCAGUCCCGAGGACCACUACCAGAAGGCCGUCGCCGAGGUCGCCGCGUACGGGGAAGACUCGUCCCCGCGCGACGACAGCCGCAGCUCCCGCAGAGAACACUUGCUCGCGACGCUCUUCUUCCUCAGCUACGUCGACAUUCUACGCGGCUCAAUCAAGGCGGCGGAUUCGUUCCUGAAGCGCGCGUACGGGCUCUUCCAGCAGGGCGAGAAGAGCAGCUUUGCAGCUAUCGAGAAGCAGUUCCUGCAGUGGAUGCGCCUCCUCGACGCGCGCGCCGUUUCAGCUGGCGGCCAAGGUCUCCUCUUGUCCAAGGAUGACGAGCUCUUGCUGGUGGAGGCAUCGCCGGCCAGCUUCGACGGCGGCGUCGCCGACUCGUCCAAAGAAGACCUAGCCGAGGGCGACAUCGAAGACGUCCUCUUCCAGGUGAUGUACCAGCCCGGCAUCGUCUUCUUCCAGAAGGUGCAGAGCUUCAUGGGCCGCAUAUCCAAGAUCGACCCGUGGCACCGCUCGCGUGGCACCGUCGAGGACGAGACGGAGGUCAUGAACAUCGGCGCCGCCAUCGCCGCGGACCUGCGCACGCUCUACGAGCAGCGGCCGCCGCUGAUGGACUACGCGGUGGCCGGCAAACUCACGGAGCCGCAUGUCUCCGCGCACCUCGCCUUCGUGAUCACGCGCGCGUUCCGGACGUACCUCGCCAACUACCACGCCAGCAAGGUGCACCUGCACCGGGUGGCGUACAAGACGUUCCCCCUCACCAAGGAGGCGCAGGAGGCGCUGAGCCAGAUCCGGCGGCUGGCGCGGCUGCUGGUGGACUCGCUGGACGCGGACAACUCGCUGCCGGUGAACAUGCUGUGGCCGUUGCUGAUGCUGGGCUCCGAGGAGCAGGACCCGGCGGAGAGGCUGUGGAUCAAGACGCAGAUCCUGCGGAUGGAGAAGGUGGCCGGGAAUGCCAAGAUCACGGCGCAGGUGCUGGAAGAGGUGCAGGCCAGGCAGGACAGCGAGAAGGUGCGGGUUGAUAUUCGGUCGGUGAUGCACGCCAUUUUUAACUCUUGCUUCGCGAUCGUUUGA